CCUGGCUCACUCUUGACUCACAGCUAUGGCGUCCGUCAGCAUGUACUGUGCCCUACCAUGCCUGAACCGAGUCGCUGAAGAGGGCCUCGUGGAGACCGACAUAUGGCACUUCACACCUGAAGCCGCAGUGCAGGCCAUGCUCCGAACCCGAGCGCGUAAAGUUGGCUUCCAGCUCAGUGACUGCGAGCCGAAGUCUGCCAAGAGCACGCGUGCUCAAUCCGCUUAUGCGGCGGAGGAGCUGCUCACUGCUCGCAAGCUAGGCUUGCUGAAGAUGGAGUUGAACUACCAGGAAGCCUUUGAGCAGGGGCAUAUUGAAAUCACUGCGCGCGGCGUCUCCCUUGUGAGCAUGCUGCAGCUCGACCGCGCCCCACUCCGGCUUGGGAGCAUGUCGGUCAAACUGACCGCGCAGGAGAACUACUUGAUGGCGCAGCGCGAGGAGGAGGCCGGUGAAGUCGCAGAAGCUGCCGGACUUGCUUUCAAGUUCGUCGGGGUAUCUUCCUUGGGCGGCGCCAUCAUCAGGCGCAACUGGACGAUAUCAAAGGUAAAGUAUCCAACGGACUGGCCGAUGUGCGUCUCCGACGUUGAGAAAGCAGCUUUGCUCGAGUGGGUUGCAUCAGAGGGCAAGGAG